AAAAAGGAAGGCAGCAGCUGUUUACUGCACGUUGUCUCACGGUGAUAGCACAUUUAUUGGAAUAAAAAUAUCUAUUAAAGAUGUCCGGGGAGCUGCGAGCAGAACUGGAGAAACAUUUGGAGGCUUUAAACAUUCAGACGAGCUUCGUGGAUCACCCGCCGUUUUUUGUUGAUGUUUGUUUUCUUGGUUUUCUUGUGAGGUUUUCACGGUGGAGGAAAUGAUGCCCCACCUCCAAGAUGUGAGUGGCGCCGUCACCAAGAACCUCUUCCUCAAAGACAAGAAGAAGAAAAAUUUGUGGUUGGUGUCGACGCGUCACGACCGACAGGUGAACCUGAACGUGCUGGCCAAGAAGCUGUCGGUGGGCAGCGGCAACCUUCGCUUUGCGGACGAGGCCACCAUGCUGGACAAACUCAAGGUGGGUCAGGGAUGCGCCACGGCUCUGGCUUUGCUCUUCGACAAGGACCGCAGCGUCACCUUGGUCUUGGACCGAGACCUGCUGGAAGGGGACCACAACAUGGUCUACUUCCACCCCAUGACCAACAGCGCCACCAUGGGGAUGAGGCCCCAAGACCUGCUGCGCUUCCUCAAGGACACCGGACACGACCCCGUUCUGAUGGACUUUGAAUAGAUGAGAAGAACGCCACCAGACGAUUCCGAGACCUGCUGGAAGAAGACCACAACAUGGUCUACUUCCACCCCAUGACCAACAGUGCCACCAUGGGGAUGAGGCCCCAAGACCUACUACGCUUCCUCAAGGACACCGCACAUGACCCCGUUCUGGCGGACUUUGAGUAGACGAGAAGAAUGCCGCCAGACAAUUCUGGUUUUUGCCGGGAAAGCAAGUGAAGAAGGUGACAAUAGAAGACAUCAAAGCAGUGGCGGGUCGUUGUUUUGCUACAUUUGGUUGCUAAAUAUACAAACCGGAUUCGGUUGAAGUCGGGAAAUUGUGUAAAAUGUAAAUAAAAACAAAAUACAAUGAUUUGAAAAUCC